AUGAAGUUAAUAACUCAUUUUCUUUCUUCGUCUCGGAGGACCGCAAUACGCCCAUUUUUUCGGUCAUAUACAACAGACCCACCACUAAAGAGGCCAAGACCAGGACCAAUUCCUUUAGGAGAUCCUAAAGAACAAAAAGAAUUUGAAGAAUUAGUACGUAAAAAUCAAGGAUCAUUUACCAGCGCUAUAAUGGCAGUUGAAGAAGAGGAAUUACAAGCACAUCCAGAUGCAAGAGAGAAGUUACCAACAGAGUUUGAAGGUGAAAAGAAUCCUGUUACAGGUGAGAUCGGAGGGCCUAAGCAGGAUCCUUUGAAACACGGAGAUUGGAGUUAUGGAUCGAGAGCUCUGGUAAAGAAAUUAAUAGGUGGUGGAGAUUCAUCAAAUUCAACGGAACGUAAUAUUGAUGAUAACGCACAUAAAUCAACUAGAGGUAAAAAAAAAAAUCGAUGGAAAAUACCACCAGGCUUAACAGAAAAAGAAGCAAGAAUUCUUAAAAAAGUGAAAAAAAGAGCCGAGUUUUUAGAUAUUGGACUUUGUGUUUGUUGUUGUUUAAAAGUUGGAUUGGAUCCAAUCCUUGGGUUAAUACCAGUAGUCGGUGAUUUCAUGUCCACAUUUUUAUCUUUAAUGUUAAUAAAAACUGCAAAAGAAGUUGAUUUACCGAAAUAUGUCAUUAGUCAAAUGGUUUUUAACGUAUUCAUCGAUUUUAUGUUGGGGCUGGUACCCGUGAUUGGUGACGUCUUCGAUUUCUUAUAUCAAGCCAAUAUACGAAAUGCCAUUCUUUUAGAGAAUUUUCUUGUCGACAGAGCUAAAAAUAGGUCUGUAGUAAUGGAGGAUGGAAGUGUUGAAGUCUUACAUCAACCUGAAAGACCUGAAAAAGCUGCACCCGGGCGGGAUCGUAGUGGCAGAUAUUAA